AUGGGCUCCGCGGUUGCUACACAGAUCGAAAGACGAAACACACUCGAAAUCCAAAACAGAAGUCUUUCUGAUCUUAAACUUUAUGGGCAAGACUUUCCUGGUUCUCGUUACCACCCCCGAGAUAGAAAAAAUUGGAUGUCAACUCUCAACCCAAAAAAUCUUCAUAUUUAUAAAAUUGUUUGGCCAGGAACCCAUGAUUCUGCAACCAACAAAAUCGGCGUCCCCUUCAUCUCUCGCCCUUUCGCACAAUGCCAAACGUUAUCUGUCCAUGAACAGCUCGUGAUGGGCACGCGAGUGCUUGAUAUUCGUGUUGAGGAGAAUGGCAAUGUAUGUCACGGAAUUCUGAUUACGUACGGAAUUCAAGUUGUGAUGGAUGAUGUGAAAAGAUUUCUCUCAGAAACGAAGUCAGAGAUCAUAAUUCUCGAGCUCAGAACGGAGAUUGGGCACAGGGACCCGCCUGGGUUUGAUAAGUAUUUGGUGGAUCAACUCGGGGAGCUUCUGAUUCACCAGGAUGAUAAUGUAUUCAAGAAGACUAUCGCGGAGGUUUUACCUAGGAGGAUUAUUUGUGUUUGGAGGCCGAGAAAAUUGAGUUCCCCAGAAAGAGGGGGUGCCUUGUGGAGCGCAGGGUAUUUGAAGGAUGACUGGAUCAACACAGACUUACCGUCAACGAAAUUCGAGAGCAAUAUGAAGCAUUUGAAGGAACAAGCACCGGUGGCGUCCAGGAAGUAUUUUUAUAGGGUGGAGAAUACGGUCACGCCGGUGCCAGAUAACCCAGUUCUGCAUGUGAAACCUGUUACAAAGAGAAUCCAUCGGUAUGCUAGGCUCUUCAUUGCUCAGUGCUUCUCCCAGGGGUGUGAUGAUAGGCUUCAGAUAUUUUCCACGGAUUUCAUAGAUCAAGAUUUUGUUGAUGCAUGUGUUGGUCUUACUCACGCAAGAAUUCAAGGGAUAGCUUGA